GUUUAUGAAUUCAAGGAAAAAAUUGCCGAAUAAACAAGCUUCAAUAGAGGAGAUGAGUUGCUCAAAUUUAUCCAAGGAUCCUUUAGUUUGGGUUCUUAUAAGGGGUCUAUACAGACAGACCUAGCGUCGCAUUUAUUAACCCCUUUUAGUACUAGACAGGGUGGUUUUCUAAAAAAAAAUUGCCCACUUAUCGCCACCUCCAUUGUGACUUCUCACUAUUAGUGGCUCAUCCAACGGCGCAGUUUCGAAGAUGGUCGUGUCGCGUGGAUUCUCUUUGAUGCAAUUUUUCUCUCAACAUGGGCGAGACUGACGAUACCGAAAUCAGCGGGGUACGCAUCUCUUGAUGUUUAGGAAUUCCUGUGCGCAAUGUGUCCAUCUUUGCGGAUUAUUUUCACAUUUUUCCGUGUGUUCCGGUAGUUUAGUGGAGCUUAACGACGUCAGAAGGUCAUUAGGUACUUCUCGACGCAUUUCGAUAUCCUUCAGAUGAGGGGGUUUACCUUUUGAACCGGAUCUAUUGACAUUAUGUAUUUAUGCUAAAUCACCUGAGCCAAAGCAUAGUGGGAAGGAAAAUGUGUCAUAUUUACUCCUUACGCGCUUGUAAUCACUUUUUCUGUGUGAGCUUACGACUCAAUUGCAGUUAAUCCUUUGCGUUUUCAUAGGGCGAAACUAAUUUGAACCGUGACGUAAGUUAUUUAGAAUGACACUUAUACCAACCCAUCUUAUGGUAUUUGAUUACUGAGUUUCCCUGAAUUUUGCCGUUUUGUUUUCUCCUCAGGCUCAAGUAAGUGAAUGAAGCCAAGGUGAGAUUGGCACUCUGAAAUUUCAAAAAAGAAUAAUUUGUUUUAAAUGGGGCCGGGUGACUGCGUAAGUGGACCACUUGAGACACAAUGCGACUUAAAUUUUCGCGCACUUCUUCAAGACCCAAACCUUUCGCCGUUUAUGCAUGCCGUCACUCGGAAUAUCCUUGACCUUCCAGAAUCUGCUUCUUUAAUGUCUCGUUUGAAGCCACUCGAUGCUGCGCUCGUGUACCGUGCGGCCCUUUGGGUUCCUCCAUCGACCUCCAAAUCCGUAGCUAAGCCUUUUACCAAUGUCACCAAACGUUUGGAUGAAGAGAAUGCGGCUGAAGAGAUCUGCCGGGAUAUCUUGAAUUCUUUGAACCUUCAGGGGCGCGGUCGUGAGCUUCUAGAAGAGUGUAAGUCUUGUGGUGAUGAUCUCAAUGACUGUCUUCGUUUCACAAAGCUGCCUUCUCUUUCUCGUAUCCAGAAGAUUGAGGAGAACUACCCCAACUAUGCCUUUUAUCUUGAUAGACGAGAAACACAGCUGCAACUUGAAAUUCUUUCAUGUCUUACAGAGUGAAUCCAGAAGACCAUUCGUGUUCUUUUUAUUUUUUUGUCUUCGAAAUCUGCUAUUAUUUUAUAUCAAAAAAAGAAA